AUGGACACAGUCUUUGGACCCAGAACUCUUCCUCAAGACAGCCCAGCCAUACCCUUGCUUGAAAAAAAUGGCGAAGGUCGAGGCGUCUACAUCUCCCACCUUGAUAGGAGCCCUAUCAGCAUUAAGAUAUUAGUAUUUGUCGUUGUACUUCUCAUGAACGCCGCCUUCGCCGUCCUAGUUCUCUGGCGGGCGAGCAAGAACUAUAAUGUCGUUCUAGCACUGGUGCUAAACGACUUCCAUUACGUCGAAGCAGGAGUCUUAAGGACGACGAGAAAGGGGUUUUGGUCUUGGUGCUGGACGUUCAUGGUCGCCGCGUUCGACUACCGUCUGCUUGGCACCUUGUGGCCAAAAAUCCGCGAAUUCGUCACAGGCCAUCUCUAUUUCCGAAUUCGUUGUGGCUUUCGGAAGACAGAAAUCGUUUUUCGUGCCCCUACGGGCAAGGAGUUCGAUGAAAUGCUGACGCUUCCCAUGAUAAAGUUUCAGAAGGCUUUCCAGAUGUCUCUACUUGACGCCACGAACCGUCAGUUCAUCUUGGAGAAUACUGGAUUCAACACUCGUUGUGCGCCUUGGGAACUUUGCUACGCAGCGUCGAUGGCUGCGUACCGCCUAGCUGACGAUGGGUUGUUCGAUAUGAAGAACUGGGAGUUGACCGUGUGGCAAAAGGAUGUAUACAAUCGGUGGACAGCUUGGGAGACAUGGAGACAUCAGGAUCCUUUCUUGAGUGCGAUGGCGCUUGAAAUUUUGAAAGAGAAACUAAGAAUGGAGGGGAAGGAUAAGAUCGUUGCGAGGAUGGAAGACGUAAUUUCAGCUCCUCUUUCUGAAUCAGUCAGGCAGGAACUGGUACACUCCAUCAUUACCCUUGCUAGAGCAGAGGGAUUCGACAUGGAAACGAGUUGGAUCGAGGCCAUCUCAGAGGCGGAUCGGAUCCACAAUCAAUUUCCACAACUGCAAUGA